AUGGAUUCCCUAGAAGACGCAGAAGAAGUGUUACGAUCAACAAAGUCAAAUUCUAACUUUCAGCGCUUGACACGACUUCUAAUGCGCGGUGGUGCAGUGCUUUUAAGAGAGAUAUUCGACUCCAUUCACAGCCCUGCCAAUCUUCCCACAACUCUUAGUGACCCUUCAGUAGAAAGGAAGCUAAGAACAGCAAGGCUUACCCGUCCCGACUGGAAUUGUUUAUACCCUUCCCCAGGGGUAUACGGUAAGUCGAGUGAUUUUGACAUCAGUUUAACCUUCAGAUUGUUACGAACAAUAUGCAAAUUGAAGCCUCCCCCAACAGGAUGGGACAGCCUACCAAACGACUCAGAACACAGUCUUCAAGCAGACAUGGUACGAAUAAAAUAUUAUCGCAAUGAAGUUUAUGGACACAGCAGAAAUUUGGAAUUAUCAGAUGAUCAGUUUCUUGACCUCUGGGGAAAAAUCAGUAAAGCGCUGUUGAGGAUUGGAGCAAAACUCAGCCAUGAAAAACAAAUCAGAUUAAAAGGUACCUUUGAGAAAUUCCUUCAUGAUCCCUUGACGCCAGAGGAAGAAAGAUACGCCGACGAAGUAGAGCAGUGGUACGAAAAAGACAUCGACAACAAAAAAGUGCUACAAGAGCUUGUUCAGGAAGUCAGAGAAAUGAAAGAAGACUUUAGGGGUCAGCAAGUAGGUCAGUAUUACUGGUUGCUUGAUUUUGCCCUUGUUUAA